CGCUGUGUGUCUCAGGCGAUGACAUCACCGCACCGGGCCAUGGCGGACGAAGAGGACGAUUUCAUGGGCGAGGAGGAGGGCGAGGAGGGUGCCGUAGCCACCGCCACCGCCUCCUCCAGUGGGCAGCGCGGACGACACCGCCUCUUCUCUAAAGAGCUGCGCUGUAUGAUGUACGGAUUUGGAGAUGACCAGAACCCCUACACGGAGUGUGUGGAUCUACUGGAGGAUCUCCUCACAGAGUUCAUCACUGAGACGACUCACAGGGCGAUCGCCGUAGGGCGGCCCGGGCGGCUGCAGGUCGAGGACCUGGUGUUCCUCGUCAGGAAGGACGAGCGCAAAUUCUCGCGCAUGAAGGAGCUGCUCACCAUGAACGAGGAGCUCAAGAAGGCUCGCAAGGCCUUCGACGAGGCCACCUACGGCACUUGAGGGCCGCGGCGGUCGGCCGUCGUGAACCCGUCAUGAACGGGGGCCCGGCAGUGGCGAGAAGACGUUAACUAACUUCUCCUGGUUUGCAGACGGUCGUGGGUUCGAUGCUGACCCUCACGAUGCCUGUUAUAUAUUUGGAGUGUGCGUGUCCCUCCCCCGCCACCCCCUUCCCCGUGUUGGUCGCGUGGAUUUGCUUUCCAGGUCCUAGGGGUUUUCCCUCCACGUCACGCAUUCGGAGUAUUUGGCUGAUAUACAUUUCCACGUGAUGUUAAGCCACCAUUUCGUUAAGCUGUCUUUUGAAAUAGUCAGGUCGCUUCUGAAAUAGAGCUCCAUAGCUAACUGGGCCUUACCUGGUAAAAUAAAAAAAAUGGUUUAGUUUACACCACUGGCCAUCGUCAACCCAGACACCACCAGGCCAUCGUCAACCCAGACACCACCAGGCCAUCGUCAACCCAGACACCACCAGGCCAUCGUCAACCCAGACACCACCAGGCCAUCGUCAACCCAGACACCACCAGGCCAUCGUCAACCCAGACACCACCAGGCCAUCGUCAACCCAGACACCACCAGGCCAUCGUGAACCCAGACACCACCAGGCCAUCGUCAACCCAGACACCACCAGGCCAUCGUCAACCCAGACACCACCAGGCCAUCGUCAACCCAGACACCACCAGGCCAUCGUCAACCCAGACACCACCAGGCCAUCGUCAACCCAGACACCACCAGGCCAUCGUGAACCCACGACUGAGCGGAGGAGGGUCAGUGGGAGGGAGUGGGUGGAUCAAAGAGUUAAUAGUGGCCGUGUCAAGAGACACCUUGUGUUGAGGUUCUGGGUUCAUGCCCAGGGCAUCGUGGGUCUUUCUGUGUAUCUUAUGGGGGUUCACAAUGGACGUGUCAGAGACGCUGAUCCAGCACCACUGCGAUCCUAGGUUAAACGCCUGGGUGCCUCCCUCUACGUCCAUGGCCGUGUCGGAGACUGCGAGCCAGUGACACUAGUUAAAAAUUAGAAUCUUUAAAAUCUAAAUCUUUUGUUUUGAUCGGAGGAAUCCAAUGAGCUAUGAAGCUCUUUUUGACAGUUGUCCAGUAGAAGUCCUGGGUUCGAACGCCUGGUCUGGCUGUCUCUCAAGAAAUUCGAAAUGGCUGUGUGGACUUGACUUUCUUUACUUACUAUAUUCUGUAUUCCAAUCUGGCGUCUGGGGGUGUCCCUAUGUCUCAAUGAGUCUGCGUGGCCGUGUCAGGAGACACGGUGGGCUUUUUUUUUUAAAGGUGCUAGGUUUGAGCCUUGGUGCCCUUCAGUGUCUCCAGGGAAGGUUCACAACGGCUGUGACGGAGACACCGAGGCCAGCACUGUUGCUGUUCCUUGGUUCAAGCCCUGGGUUUGGCCACUACGAAACUCCUGAGAGAGAGACCCGAGAAACAUUCACGCCUAUGGUUUGGACCAAUGCAUUCAAUUGUCACCGGAUCAGUGUUGCUGACACGGCCAUUAAAGACAUCCCCGAUGGAGACGCAUGGCCAUUGACUAAAGGAUUGUGUUCCAGCUCAUUCGCCCCCCAGCUGUGUAAUGACUGACAGUUUUAUUUUUCAAUUGCGAAUCGGGAUCAAUAAAAGAAAAGCUUUGUAUCGGA